AUGGCGCUCAUUCAAACCGCCUUCAUAUGGGUCGCAUAUGCAGUGGCCUUAGGAGUCGUGGCGCUCAUCGCAGCCAUUUUCACAUACAUAUACCAAACUCCUCGAGACCGAUCCGCCUUGGUCUCAACCGUUACAAUCAUCACAUUAACCUCCUUGCUGGCCACGGUCUUACUCUUGCCCGUUGAUAUUGCCUUGGUCAGCUCGACCACCUCGAAGUUAGGAGCAAAGAAAGAUUGGGCAACACCGGAAACAGUUCAUCACCUAUUGUUGACACUCAAGAUUGUCUACUAUGCACUUUACAGUCUGGAUGCCGUUCUUUGCCUGCUGGUCGUUCCCUUCACAUAUUUCUUGUAUGAGGAAUAUGAUGAUGUGGAAACAGAAGAGGGCAAUCAGACCUUUAGCAAAAGAUUCUUGGGAGCGUUGAAAUAUACUUUGAUAUUUGUCGCUCUAGUUGUGAUCUUAUUCCUCGUUGGAUUCUUCGUACCAGUCGCGAGAAAUCGAGCAGGAGGCCAUUUUGAUCUCGAUUACUUCAAACGUCUCUUGGCGGAGAAUCAAGGGGAGCGGGCUCUGACCUUUGCUCUCGGUCUACUAAUUUCACUGGGUACUCUACUGUACAUCCUUUACACAGCGGCAGGAUUUGCACUUCUGCCAAUAUCUUUCAUCAAAUCCGCACCCUCUAUCAGCGCCCCUCAGCUAUCAGAGACUACCGCUACAGCAUUGGAGCAGAACCGAGAAAGACAACGUCAGAUCGAAGGUCGUAAUGCAGGCCGAGAGGUAGGCAUGCCACCCAAGGACCAGCGCGAACUAGAGGCCUUAGUUCGUGAGGAGAGGACUCUGGUUAGACGAGAACGACUCGCAGCAGAAGCUCAAGGAGAAGGAAAGAGUUUCAUUGUGAAGGCGUGGACUAAAGUCUGCGCCAUUUUCAGACCACUCAAACUCAUUGGUGGAAUCCUCCUCCUAUCACUCUCCGUAAUAAUAUGGGUGUCGAUGUUGAUCACCGGCAUUGACAAAGCGAAGAACUCGAUCUGCAAAGAGCAUUGUGGUUACAUUUUGGGCAGCAUCAACGUCUUCCAACCCGUCAAUUGGGUCUUCGUCCAAGCCUCGAGAGUGUUCCCGGUUGAUUAUGUCUUGAUGGCGCUUCUGGUCCUAUUCUUCUUCAGCAGCUCAGUGGCCGGAAUUGCCAGCAUUGGAAUUCGAUUCCUCUGGGUGAAACUCUUCGAGAUCCGGAAGGGUCACACCACACCUCAAGCUAUGCUUGUCGUGACUGUGAUGCUGACGUUAAUCAUGCUUGCAAUCAAUUACUCGAUUGCAAUGAUGGUGGCUCCUCAGUACGCCACUUAUGGCGCCCAGAAAUUCUGUAGCAAUGCUCCCAAACAUCCAGGCGAGCAACCGGAUUGCACGAACCUCCCCGACCUCGUCAAGUUUUGUUCGGAGCUUUCGAAAGACCAUGCCUCUAAGGAUGUCUGCACACCUAGUGUGGUGUCCACCUUCCUCAACCGGGUCACAUUCAACUUCCCUUUUUUUGGCGCCCUUACUUUCUGGGCACAGUUUGUUUUCAUGGGAGUGUUCUUGAUCGUAUUCCUCCUCUCGUUGUUCAGGACUCCGAAACUCAAUCUGAGCGAAAUGGAUGAGGACGCUGAAGCUGAUGAGGAGGAGGGACUUCUUGCCAGCACUGGUCGCCGCUUUGGAGCUACUUGGCAAGAUAUUCGUGGAAAGGCUAAGAAGCCAACCGGAGGCGCAGCUGGGCGAGGAAUCCGGGGCGAUGAUUCUCAUGCAGAAGAGGACUGA